AUGAUUGAAUGUAAUAUUCUGAAGAUGAAGUUUUUCGCCGUAGUGUCCGUUACAAUAUUAGGUCCUGCAUUAUCAGUAAACGCUUAUUGCCCUGAAGCUGCGCUCGCGCCGUUGCCAUUUGUGUUGGAGUACGCCGUUUGGCGCGGGUGGCAUCAGGCUGUUAUAUACAGCCCGGAUAUUGAGCCAGGUAAUUGGAGCCCAAGUCAAUCGAUGUCAGGAGUGGAGGUGUCGUACCCAGUGGAGUCCCGCACCUUCUUAGGCGAGGAGCUAGUGGUAGGGAGAUGUAACUCCACGGGUGAUGGCAAUCCAUCGCUGGAUGACGAGGGUCCAUCUUCAGAGCCUAUGUUGGAUGACAUCCUUCAUUUCUUGACAGUGAGAUUGAAUACUACUUCAUCGACACGGUAUUAUAGUAAGCUGGGCUUUCGCACGUACGAGGGUACAUGGACCGGCCUCCUAGGCGCUCUGAUGGACAAUACCGUGGACGUGGCGCUUGAACCCGUCACCGUGCACGCGACCCGACUACAAGACAUGGACUUUAUCUUCCCUAUCGCCGAAACAAUGUGCAAUAUCUACAUUCGCCAGCAAGAAACAUCGACAGUCCGGGACAUAUUCCUGGCUCCAUUCAGCGUGAGGCUCGUGGCAUGCGUAUUGGCUGUCGUGUUGAUAUCAGCUAUUGCCAUCGUCAUCAUCAGCCGAGCUACCUCGACGGUAUGCGCCAAUGAUAGGCGUAUGGGUUACACCGAAGCAUUGAUAUGGUCCACUGGGAUAUUGUGUCAGCAAGGUGGCACUUGGACGCCCUCGAACCCUGCCGCCAGCGUGCUGCUCAUCGUGUGCCUAUUCUUUGCCGUCGUCACGUACAAUGCGUACGCAGCGUUCAUCACCUCCGUACUUUCGGUCCGAGUAGCCAGCGUCGACACCAUAGCUGCCGUGCUGCAUUCACCCAACUUCAAGAUCGGAUACAUUAGGAAUGGAGCUGACCAGAUGUAUCUAAUGUCGACAAAAGACGUGCAGCUGAAUGCUUUUUACAUUCGAGGCUAUUCUGACGCUGACAAUUUGGUGACGUCAGCCGAAGAGGGAUUGGCGCGGGCCGCGAGGCAGGAUUAUGCGUUUUUUGCGGGACAAAGGGUUGCGCGAUCGACUUUACGGUAA